UCAAUUCAUGUCACGUUGUCACUCUUGUCAUAUGUAAAUUGCCCGUCGUACUUCAUUGGUCGGACUCGGUAGAGUAGAAGUUUUGUACAUAAAGUGCCGACGUGCGACUCUUUAGAAAAAUCUCAUUUCCAAUUUGAUCGCUUUUUUACAUAUUUGACUAUUCAGAAAUAUAUCUGAAGCUAUAAACAAAUUGGUGGUAGCGUAGUGAUUUAAUUUAAAUUAAUAAACAUAAUAAUGGAAGGUGAAAUGAAAUUGUUCACGCGCGAAGAACUGAAGUCCCGGUCUACGCGUGCUGACGCCGUACUAAUUAUCCACAACGAAGUCUACGACGUCACAAAAUUCCUCCUCGAGCACCCUGGCGGUGAAGAGGUACUUCUGGAGAAAGCAGGUCAAGAUGCUUCCGAGCCGUUUGAGGACGUGAGCCACAGUUCUGAUGCCAGAUCGUUGAUGAAGAAGUACAAGAUCGGGGAGUUGGUGGAGAGCGACCGCGUGCAGACCCGAGCCGGCUUCAGCCCGCAGUGGACCAACGAGCAGGCGCAGGAGCAGGGCAAUUGGAGCUCCUGGCUGACGCCGCUGCUGCUGGGCGUGGCGGCCACGCUGCUCUACAGGUACCUGUUUGUCUAGGCAACACGCUCGCCCGACACUCGCUACUUCACUACUUUGUAUUUUUGAUAUGUACGAUGACACGAAUUUUAUAAAAAAAAUAGAACAGCUGUUUCUCGUUACAAAAGCGAAACUCCUAUGACUACACGGAGAUAACUAAUUUCCAUUCCGCUUAAAACUCGUAUAGAAUAAAAUUCGAUACUACUCUUUUACUUUGACUAGGCUCAAAGGAGUUUCACUUUUCUAAAUGAUAAAUUAAAAAAGCGCGGGUUUGUUGACAUUGCGCUGAUAAGUCAAACUUUUGUUGUCUUAUUGUCAAAUAUUAAAGUAUUUAUUUAAUCUCUUGAUAAUAAUAUUGUAAUUUAAGGUAGUUUGAACAAAGCUAUCGCGAUCAUCAAAACCAGUUCUUAAACGAUAAUUUAUUGUAAAAUUUCAUAAUAGUUUAAACCUCCGUGUUGGUCGUACACGUCGAAUGGCAUUUCGAAGCAGUGCGAGUACAACACAAACCUUCGUUAGCAUAGUUAUUGUAACGCAAACGAUCCCUGUGACGAGCAUUUUCAAUUCCAUUUAAAAGUCUGGAUAAAAUAUGUAAAGAGACCGAACGGAUGUAAACCGUAGAUUAAAUAACAGAUGUAACAAAAAGAUUUUGGAUAAGAUCGUAUUUACAUUUUGUAAACAGAAUGCUUGGGCUCAAAAAAGAAGGUCAAUUUAAUUCCGUCCUAACACCGAUGUCCCAGUUAGACCUCCGCCCCAUCCUGCUCGUAGGUACUGGAUGUAUGCACGCCGCGAGCGCAGUGCCGACACCGGUCUGGUCCCGCGGGGCUACUCCACUCUAACAGAGCGUGUAUCUUGUCUCCUCACGGUCCAUUUGUUUAUUGACAAACUAAUAACCGCUACAAUUUGACCAAAAGAGUUCGACGAGAAUUGUGAGAUUUUGGAAACAAAUCUUUUUGUUACAUUUCACAUGAAUAUUGAACUAUGUUGCAGCAAACCUAAUAUUCAUUUUAUGCAUCAGUAGCUAAGCAGAGAUUUGCUAACAAAUUAUGAACUGACUAUUGGGUGCAUGAAUGUACUGCGGUCACGCUCUCAACUAUUUUUUGUAUUUUUAUAACGCCCUACUGAUGUCACUUGAAAGCCAUUUAUUUAUCAAAUAAAUAGAUAGAUAUCUGUAAACAUAACCCUAUACCUCGCUCUCAGUUGUUUUAAUCAUCGACACCAUCAGUGUGCUUAGUGCGAGUUCCUUAACGUUCUCGAUAGCGUAAAAGUUAAGCCAAUUUUGUAUGCAGUUGGAACAGCGCUCCUAGCGGCAAACGUAAGCAAACGAUCCCAUUCCAUACAAAUAUGAGCUAACUUUUACACCAUCCAGAACGUUAAAAAACUCGCACUAAGCACACAGAACCGAUGGAAACAGGCCUGCCACCAAUUUGGUUCAUGAAUACAAUUUUUAUAUUUUAAUUUAGUAAUUGUGUAAAAUUAUAUAUAUAUGUAUGUAUAUCUUUACGUAUGUUAAGUAUGCAUGUAAAAAAAAUAGGAAAAAUCCAUGCAAUGUGUAUGGUUAAUAAACAUUCAAAGGGCAUCUACAAGUGUACAGUGUGCUUAGUGCGAAUUUUUGAUCUUCUCAAUCUUCUAGACCUAGCGGCAAACGAAGAGAAACGGUUCCAACUCCAUACAAAUUCGAGUUAACUUUUACGCUAUCGAGAACGUUAAAAAACUCGCACUAAGCACACUGCACGCGGUUGUGGCUAUAGCCACCAAUAGCAGAUCAACAAACAUUUACGAUUUGAUUAUAUUUUUAAUAUUUUUACAAGUUUUCAAGCCGAUAUUGCCUUAUUGCUAUGUAGCUUAAGCUAAGAUCCGGUUUAACUUUUAACCCAUACCUUUAGACAAUAGUAGGGGAGCCCACGAUGCUAAAUGGAGACUUACUUGAGCGUCAAGAUACCUAUUGGGUUGUAAAGCUUAGAUAAUAAAAAGAAAAAAACUGUUAUUUAAUGUAUACCUUUUGAUCGGUCAGAUUUUCUAAGAGGAUGUUAAGUGAACCUAAAAGCUCUCAAAAACCUGACGAUUUGGAUGUUACGCAAACUCGAGGCUAUUAUUAAAAUGUGCAAAAAAUUCGCCAUUUUGAAAUACUCAAGCGCAUCAGAUUAAUAUACAUAUUAUUAUAUGGUUCAUCUUUAUGUCCUAGACGUGCUGUCUCUUAAUCUCACGAUAAUUUGGACUAAUUUGCUUAAUAUGACGAUGAAAUAAAACAUCUUUAUACCUAAAUGAAAAGCUCCGGAAUUGCAUAAAAAUAAAAAGGGUGUGUUUUUAAGAAUACUUGUAUUUAUAACAUAAAAAAGGAAUACGGACGCCGGAACGCAGUACGCGACUGCACGCAUUAAACUUUAACGACGAAUUUUUGUUACUUUGGCUGCUGGAAAUCGUCAGAUUAAAUAAUAUUUUUCGAUAACCUUGAAUUAUUAUAUGACGUAACCCUCCCCUUUCUUUACGUCACUCAAAUUGUCGGAUUAAUGAAAUAGGUAUACACUUAUUAGCAUAUAAUGUUCUCGGCCUAUCUUAAUCUGACGAUCUGACUGAUCGAGAAUUUCUUAUGAUCAAUUUUCUUUUACUAAGCUGAUCCUUUAUCCUUGACGGGCGGCUAUAUAUAUGGGGCUCAUAUUUGGUGGAGGUCCUUAACUGGGUACAAGGUACCGCCCUGUAUCUGCCGCGCUUUAGUAAGUCCCGAAAUUACGCACGGAAUCCCCUAUUACAAGCGAUUCGCGUGACUUACAGACGGCUCGCCUUGUUACCAGCUUCUAACAUUCAAUAGGUGAAUUUGGGGAGGGGGGUUGUAAUAUUUAUGAUUAAGCAAAACAUUACAUACAUUUUAUAACCGAAGAACCGUGACGCUUAAAAUAGUAAGAAAUUUUAUUGUUUAUGUGGAUAAGGGUAUUAGAAAUAGAAUAUAGGUGCUGAUUUUGAUGUUUAGUUACUAAGCAAAGUUUUGUGUUCAUGUUUAUGGGUGAACCUCAGAUUUCAGGUUAGAUUUGACGUGAGCACUACCAAAAUGUUAUUAUUAAAAAUGUGAAAAUGUUUCCUUAAGUUUCAAUUGGUUGUUGGUAACACAUUUAAUAAAAAACAGCAGUUUUUUAUAUAAUCUAUUUAUUUUUACUACUUUUAUUUUAACCUUGCACAAAAAAUAAGUAAAUUUUAAUAUUCCCUCUAUUCAAAACCACAUAAAAAUAAGAACCGAUGUCCAUUGAAAAAACUAAGAAUUAUUUCCGAAAUGUGUUAUAAACAGACAUUAAAUGUUUAUUUCAUUCAUUAUCAUCGAAGCGACGAUUCACAAAAUAAAAACAAUGUUAAAGAAGUAAAAAAUAAUAUUUUUUAUUAUAUACAUAUUAUUAUAUGCAUUUCAAUUAACAGAUGUGCGUCGGCUAAAUAUUAUACACAUGAGUAAUAUUACUCCGACUACGUCGGUAAAUUUAAUAAACAUUAUUUUUGUUACUGAAACAUAAACAAGUUGAAUACGUAUGAUGCCAUACGACUGUGCACAAAACAAUCUUUAUUCUUCGAAAUAAUAAACGUUUCAUAUUUUUUUUAAACAUCUAAAUGCGAUAUUAGUUGUUUAAUAUGUGUGUAUACUAGCUGCUGUACACAACAAGAUAAAAAUAAAUAAAAUUAAUUAAGUUCGAGAUCAAAAACAAGACGAGCGCAGCUUUCAGCGUUGGACAUCUAAAAUUUAGCUUACAAAAUAGGCUGCCAGCGUUCGGCCCGUCAGUCUGCUCGUACACAUUCAGCACAACCAGACAUAACAGUCAACCCUCCAACACGAGCAACUGAUAUUACUUUGCGGAUUAAACCAAUUAUUUAUCUAAAAAUACUAUUCAUUUCAGUCCAACCCUAAUCCGUACUAAGGUCCAGGGUCAUUAAUAAAUAAUGUUUCUGGUUUGUUUUUUUCUUGCAAUUUUAUUUUGACACAUAAACAUGGUUCUAUUAAGUAACUUUAAUUUUUUUAUUAUUAAAUUAUUUAAUUACAAUAACAA